AAAGGAUAAGAAAAAGCAAAAGAAAUUGGAGAAGGAACCAGAAGCUCCCAUUGAGCAGAAGGUUGUCGAGAUUGUCGAACCACAACAAGAAAUCACAGAGCCCCUGAACACAACAAGUGCAAUUACUACGGAUAAUACUAACGAUCCGUCGACUGAGCAAAACAUUGUCAGUGAUGAUAGUGGCCUCGUUAAGACGACAGUUAUUCGUACAACGAAAAUCGUCAAAAAGAUCAGCAACAGUCAGCAGGAAAGUCAAGAGAUGACCUCUUCCAGCUAUUCAGAUGCACCGUCAUCUCUGGGAUCUUACGAACUAGCACAGGAAGCCAUCGAACCUGCUAAGGUAGAAAAAUCAGAGACAAAUAGCCGUGAAAUAAGUGAUGAGGGCGUGGUCAGAACAACUAAAACCACAACUACUAAAACCAUUAAAUCACCCAAGGUAGAGGAAGUGCAAGCGGAGCCAUCAUUAGAAGUGGCAUCUAACGAUUCACCUUCAGUCGUUGAAGAGCCUGAAGACGGUGGAGUGAUUAAAACUACUAUUGUACGUACCACCAAAAUCGUUAAGAAGAUUUCCCAUGAAUGCGAAAAUAUCAGCGAGACAAGCAGCGAAGCUGAGCCUUCCUUACCAAUUGUCGAGACUGUCCUUUUAGACGCUCCGAUUGUGGCUGAAUCUGUUACAACCGAGUCCAACAGCGACGGCAUUACUAAGACCACAACUACAAAAACAACAAAAACUGUGGCCAAGACUAUUAACGAAGCAGAGGAAGACGUUUUAAGUCUACCUGAUGUUCCAGUGAUCCCUGUUGAACUUGUGGUUGUUGAUGAAGCUGUCAAGCUGCCAGAAGUUCCGAAAGAACCUAUUGGCAUUGAGGAUAAGCUCCUAGUCACGGCAACUCCUCUUGAUUUGCCCCAGGUUAGCCAAGUAAAGUCCACAAUUGCCGAUUUUAUUGCUGCAGAACAGAAUGCUACUAAGACGCAGGAAAUCAUUGCUGAAGUCUCAGUUAUUGAGGAACCUAAUAGCUAUGCUCCGAUUGAGGAGCUUACAGUGCCUGAGCCUGAAUCUUCUGGGGUUGGUGAUGUUAUCAAGACUACAAUUGUGCGAACAACGAAAAUUGUCAAGAAAGUAUCCCAAAAUGCGGAACAGAGUGUUAGUGUCGUUGAUGUUCCAGAAUCGGAAACCCAGAAACCUGAACCAGCAGAGCCUGUUGAGGAGGCCGUUGGUGGUGUAACCAAGACAACAACUGUGCGUACCACGAAGCUCGUGAAGAAACUUAAUGAAGAUGGGGAAACCAUCACGGAGGAGACCAGCACCGCCAGUGAUCCAGUAACUGUGCGCGAAGCGUCGCCAACUAUUUCGGAAGUUCCGAGCGAAACUUCAACCACAUCUAGUCAAAUUGACGGUGCAAUUAUCAAAACCACGACAAUUCGUACGAUGCGCAUCACCAAGAGGAUAGCCAAUGAUGGACGCAUUCUUCUCACCGAGAACGAGACACCCAAUGAUGUGAUUGUGACUUCAAGCAUAGAGAUGCCAGAUCAGAGAUCAGUUAGUCCGGUUGUAUCCUCGCGUUCAACCUCUCCUGCUGUCACGCCUAGUUUCGAACUGAAGUUAGAUAACAAACAGUUAGGAUUGAAGGAUAGCACGACUGGGGUGAAGGUCAUUGGCAUCGAAACAAAUACUGUCGAAUUGCCGGAGUCCGGUGAACAAAAAUAUUCAGAAAGCAAGACUAAUGGGGCUAUUAACGAGACGGAUAGUAUUACCACUACUACGACGACUACCAAGAACACGAUACUUACGACAACGCAACGACGAAGCUUCGAAACCGAAGAUGGCACAAAUGUUCUUUUCGUGGGAGAAGGCAUUGACGGUGCAUAUCCACCGGGUACAGUUCAAAAAAUCUCCCUUAUAACCCAUGAAGAGAAACUGAAGACACCUAUUGUGAAAAUGCAUCUUGAUUUUCCGGAGGUUAGUCUUCGGGUGACCGAGACCGUGACUGAAAAUGUGGAAUCCCUACAAAGGACAGCUGAGAGUAGUCAAAAUACAGUGAUUGAAGUAGUCGAAGUGUCCAAGUCUGAAGUCCCAGAAGCAGUUCAGUCCAAGCCAGAACCCAUUCCUGAGAUAGUAGAGAAACCAUCCCAACCAGAAGAGUUAGUCAAGACCCCAGAGCCCACCCCAAUAGUGAUCCCUGAUAGUGUCCCUGCUGAACUAAGCGCGGAAGAGCAAAAACUUUUCGAGGAUAUUCAGAAGAAGUUGUCCAAGAAGGAUAAAAAGAAGCGUCCCGCCAUUCCAGAAGAGUUCAUUAAGCAAGAAACGGUUCAGAUUAUUGUAGGAGAAAGCAAAGGUAAUGAAGUUAUUAGUGUCCCCACUGUAGCUGAGAAACUAACCAAUGUAGUUGAACCCUUAGAUCAACAGGAAACGGUUACUUUCAAUGUUUCCCAAAAAGAGUCCGUGAUCUCUAGUGUUACAUCUAUCGAAGACACUAAGACAGACUUGAGUCAAGAGUCCGUUGUAGAAGUGAAGCCAGUUUUGGAAACUUCUCCUGUUCCAAUCAUUGAAGAAGUUAAGGUUGAUAUUCAGCCAAGUCCUAUUCCAGAACCACAAAAUUGGCUUGAAACCCUUUCUCAAGACUCGUCCUUAAUUUCUACCGUCAAGGUGAUUGAGCAAUCCAAGGCAGACAUUCUUUAUAAUGAAGUUGCUGUUGCCCCUGUUCCGACCCAAGAAGAAGUGCCAGUAGAAAUUCCAUGUGAAACUCAGUCAAGUCCUGCUCCUACUAAUAUUGCUAAUCAAACUGUUCCUGCCAAACCAAGCGCAUUAAUUGCUGAAGCAUUUGUGGCUAACACGGUAAGCACUUUGAAUAUAAUCACUAAUAUUGAGCAAAUUUCUCCCCUUGAAAAAAUAUUUGAAAUUCCCAAAUUUGACAUUUCUAAACUUAAUAUUGCUGAGGGUAAUUAUCACAUAAUCAAUUCUAAAGUGAAAGAAAUCGAAUCAGCUGAGUCUGUAUUGCCUCCAAAGACGGUAAGCUUUGGCGAUGAAACAGAAACUAUAAUUGAAACUUCAACUACCGACGUGGGUUCAACAACAACACAGGAUUCUGCUCUUUAUAACUUCGAGGUUCCCAAAUUUGAUAUUAUUGCCCUGAAUAAGGCUGAAACCAAACAAAAAGUUUUUGAAGCCUCAGAAGUGGAAACCACAUCUGAAGAAACAACAAUUAUCGAGGAUACCAACAAAAUCGAUGAUCAAGAAAAUACACCUGAGGAACACAAGACACCUUUGGCACCAUUUAAGGACGUAGAGGACAUCGAAGAAACUGACUUGGUCACGGCUGAAACUAUCAUUGAGACCAAUAAGAGUGCUGAAAAGGAAGACAAGGAACCACAAGUCGGAGCCCCUCUGGAACCUUUUAAAAAUGUCCCUCAGGUUGUACAGACAGUUGAAGUGGUUCAGAAGGAGGUUCCAGUUGAAGAGGCCAUAACAGUAAAUGAAACUAAGACGGUCACAACAGUCACCACAACAACAGUUACCACUGAAACUUCCAGCGAAACUUCUACUACUGGCGAGUUUAAGAAACCUGAGGAGCCCAAGAAACCCGCAUAUGCCGGGCUGCCUGUGGACGACUCUUCGAGCUCAUGGAUGGAUGUUCUGGAUGAACCAAUGAACUUCUCUGACGAUGAAGAAGAUCCAGUUCCAGAGCCGCAGAAAGAGCUUGAGCCAAUUGUUGAAGCUCCGGUUGUGGAUGAAGCCAAGACUAUUACAAUAGAUACUACCACAGUGGUGACUACUGAGUCUACCAGUGAAACCGAUGUUCCUGAGCAAGCUAAGAAAUCUGAACAAUCAGAACCAAAGCCCGAGGAACAAAAGACACCAUUGGCACCAUUUAAGAACGUUGAGGACAUUGAAGAAAAUUACUUGGUAAAGGUUAAACCUAUUGUGGAGACUAAGAAUGCUGAAAAGGAAGACAAGCAACCUCAACUAAGUACUCCCCUUGCUCCUUUCGAAAAUGUCUCUCAGGUUGCAGAAACAGUUGAAGCGGUUCCCAGAGACGAGUCCACAACUGUAAAUGACACGAACACAACGAUCACAACAGUUACAACCACCACAAUUACAACUGAAACUUCCAGCGAAAAUUCUACUACAGCUGAGUUCACGAAACCUGAGGAGCCCAAGAAACCAGCAUACGCCGGUCUGCCGGUGGACGAUUCUUCUAGCUCAUGGAUGGAUGUUCUGGAUGAACCCAUGAACUUCUCUGAUGAUGAAGAGGAAUCAGUUCCAGAUCCACAAAAGAACCCAGAGCCAAAUGUUGAAGCUCCGAUUGUGGAUAAAACCAAGACUACCACAACAGUUUCCACCACAGUGGUUACUACUGAGUCGACCAGUGACAUCGCUAUUCCUGACGAACCCAAGAAGUCUGAGGAACCAGAGAAGAAAUCUGAGGAGCCCAAGAAGCCAGCAUAUGCGGGUCUGCCCGUGGACGACUCUACUAGCUCAUGGAUGGAUGUUCUGGAUGAACCCAUGAACUUCUCAGACGAUGAAGAGGAAUCAGUUCAUGAGCCACAAAAGAAGCCUGAGCAAAUUGUUGAAGCUCCCAUUGUGAAUGGAACCAAGACCAUUACAACAGUUACCACCACAGUUGUUUCUACCAGUGAAACCGAAGUUCCUGAGCAGGCCAAGAAAUCUGAAGAGCCAGAACAGAAGCCCGAAGAACACAAGACACCAUUGGCACCAUUUAAGGCCGUAGAGGACAUUGUAGAAACUGACUUAGUUAAGGUUGAAGCUAUAGUGGAGACCAAUAAGGAUGCUGAAAAGAAAGACAAGCACCCAGAAACAGGCACUCCUCUGGCACCUUUUGAAAAUGUCUCUCAGGUUCCUGUUGACGAGUUCACAAUUGUGAAUGAUUCUAAGACGAUCAGAACAGUUACCACCACCACAGUUACCACUGAAACUUCUAGCAAAACUUCUACUUCUGAGCUCAAGAAUCCUGAGGAGCCCAAGAAACCCAGCAUAUGCCGGUCUGCCCGUGGAUGAUUCUUCAAGCUCUUGGAUGGAUGUUUUGGAUGAACCCAUGAACUUCUCUGAUGAUGAAGAGGAACCAGUUCCAGAGCCACAAAAGGAAAUAACUGUAGUAGAAGAAGUAGUUAAGCCUGAGCCAAUUGUUGAAUCUCCGAUUGCUGAUGAAACCAAGACCGUUACCACCACAACUGUUUCUACUGAAACCACCAUUCUCGAGGAGCCUAAAACUGCACAUGAAACCGAUAAGGACCUUGUUCCAGUUGAAGAGGCUUUCGUGGAAUCGCAGACAAUUAGUGAUGUCGUUGAUCAAGUAACUCAUCUGGAGAAACCUAUAGAGGAACCUAUUGAUACAUGGUCUAGCGUUUUGGAGGACACAGUUCCCAAUACAGGAAACAUUGGCUUCACUUCCAACUUAUCAGCUGAUGCUCCAGAGUUUAUGCCUUCCUAUUUGAGGCAUACUUACUCAGAUCAAACACAUACGUUCCUUGCAAAUGAGAGAGUGUAUAACGAAUUCAUUCCAAGGAAUAGGUCAGAGCAACCAAUUGUCCCACAACAAAAGCCCAAGAAAGCGAAACCAUCAAAGCGACAGAACAAGAAGGUGGAAGUGCAAGAAGUGAUUCCUGUUCCACCUGCUCAGGAGACAUACAUUCCGGAACCGAUUCAAGUAGUCGAAGAGGUGGAAAAUGUUUGGACCAAGAACCGCGAUGGAAAAUCCUAUGCUGACGUCUUACUCAACUCGGGUGUUACUGGUGAUGUUAUCAAUAUUACUGAGUCAGAGACCCAGAAGGAUACUGUAACCGCACCAGUUGUAGUCAUCGAAAAAACUAAAGAGCGCAAGAAGAAGACGAAGCCUGAAAAACGCCAGACAGUUGAGAAAGUUGUUGAACUUGCAGCGCCAAUCAGCGAAAGCGACAAAUCUAAGUCAAAUAGCGAUAGCGAGCAGUCUAAGGCUACGACAGAAAGUGAACUAUCUAAGCCAACAACAGAAAGUUCCAAGGAACCAUCUUCCGACGAGAGAGAUAUUUCAAGUACCACCGAACUGACAUGGUCAGCUCUUGUUCGCAGACCUGGUGAAUGGUCCGACACAACUGUGGCAAAGAAAGAUGUUACCUCCACUCCAGUCUUGACCAAAGAAAAACCUCUUCAAAAGGAAAAGGAGGAGCCCAAGAAGACUACAAAGGCUAAGAAAACUAAAAAGUCGAAGAAACCAAUUGUUGAACCAGUCUCAACCACAUCUGAAGACGAGUUACCUGAGCCUGUGGCUGUACCCGUACCAGUGGAGGCUACACCUGAACCAGUUGAGAAAAAGCCGGAACCAGCAAGAAAUGAAAAGACAGAAGCUAGCAGCGGAUUCUCUUGGGCUUCACUUGUCAAGAGGCCAGGUGAAUGGAUUGACAACACUGUUACUCACAUCAAGACCGCUGUUGCUACUUCAACUGAGGUAAAAGAACCAGUUAAAAAAGACACUGAAAAGCCUCAAAAGCCUAAGAAACAGAAGGCCAAGAACAAGGCAGAGUCUAAGCCAAUUAUUGUAGCAGAGCCCGAGUUCGAGAUCAGUAGUGAACCGGCAGAAGAAAUUGUGGUUUCGCGUGAGGUGGAACCAGAAAAGGUAAAACCUACCGAGAACUCAGAAAACUCCUUCUCUUGGGCAUCUCUGGUGAAGAAACCAGGCGAGUGGGUUGAUGACAUAGCUGCCCGUAAGAAGCCAGUUGAAGCUGAUAAGGAGGAGCGCAAGGAGGAGACCCAACCACGGAAAGAACGCAAAAGUAUAAAGCCUGAGACCAAACCUCAACCAGAAAAAACUAACAAGCGUAAAAUCAGAGAGGAAAUUCGCGAGCCCAAAAUCAUUCAAUCCACAUCUGAUGACAGUGAUGUGGUUGAGGUUGUACAUCCUCAAGAUGAAAAUACAAUUACUUGGGCUAAGAUCGCUAGUCAAAUUGAUCAUAUGACCGACCUGGCACCAAAAGCUAAAAAAGAGGUUAAGCCAAAACAACUAGAACCUUUAAAGCAGCAAGCUAAGGCAGAUCGAUAUGAGAAACAGGCAAAGGCGAAGGUUCGUGCUUCAUCUCCAGAUGUAAGUCAACGUCAGAAAGAAAGCGGUCAUUCCUGGUCCUCUGUUGUUAGUCAUCAAGUCACUGAUUUCAUUGAAUAUGAAAGGCUGGCACCACCAAUAAAAACGGAAACACAGAAAUCGAAAACGGAUUCUCAACGUAAAGUCACUCCAAAGUUGGAGGAACCUUUGGAAGACCGAGAAUGGUCACCAGUUCGAGAAAACAAAUCGCAAAAAUCAUGGGCUGAAAUGAUUGAUGAUGGUUCAGAAGACGUGGUUGUUGAACAGAAAUCGUGGAAGGAACUCAUAGAAGACGAAAUUGAGAUUCCACUUCUUCCUGAAAACGGUGAGGAAGCAAACAUCAACAAGAUUAUUGAAACAAUCCAAGAAAUGAAAUCAACCAAACAAGAAAAGCCCAAAGAAACCAAGUCGAUCAAUGACAACACAACCGUCUCAGAAGAGGGUUCUGUUGACGUAACCAAAACUGUGACAACCACCAUUACGACAAAAACUGUUACUACUGGAGGAACUGCUAUUACAAAUGAACUCCCAAAAACCGAUGAACCGAAGCCCGAGGAACACACGACGCCGUUGGCACCGUUAAAGGACGUAAAGGACAUCGAAGAAACUGACUUGGUUAGGUCUGAAACUAUCGUCGAGACCAAUAAAGAUGCCGAAAAGGAAGACAAGCAACUAAAACUUAGCACUCCCCUGGCACCUUUUGAAAAGGUUUCUCAGUUUGUAGAGACAAUUGAAGUGGUUCAGAAGCAGAUUCCGGUUGACGAGUCCACAAAUGUGAAUGAAACUAAGACGAUCACAACAAAAACAAUAACAGCAGUUACCACUGAAACUUCCAAAACAACUACUACUGAUGAGUUCAAAAAACCAGAGGAGCCCAAGAAACCCGCAUAUGCCGGUCUGCCCGUCGACGACUCUUCAAGCUCAUGGAUGGAUGUUUUGGAUGAACCCAUGAACUUCUCUGAUGAUGAAGAGGAAUCAGUUCCUGAGCCACAAACGGAAGUAACUCUCGUCGAAGAAGUAAUAAAGCCUGAGCCAAUUGUCGAAGCUCCGGUUGUGGAUGAAGCCAAGACUAUCACAACAGGUACUACCACAGUGAUUACUACUGAGUCUACCAGUGAAAAGGAUGUUCCUGAGGAACCCAAGAAGGCUGAGGAACCGGAGAAGAAACCUGAGGAGCCAAAAAAACCAGCAUAUGCCGGUCUGCCCGUCGACAACUCUUCGAGCUCAUGGAUGGAUGUACUGGAUGAACCCAUGAACUUCUCUGAUGAUGAAGAGGAACCAGUUCCUGAGCCACAAAUGGAAGUAACUCUCAUCGAAGAAGUAGUCCAGUCUGAGCCAAUUGUCGAAGCUCCGAUUGUGGAUGAAACCAAGACCGUCACAACAGUUACCACCACAGUGGUUACUACUGAGUCCACUAGUGAAGUCGCUAUUCCUGACGAACCCAAGAAUUCUGAGGAACCAGAGAAGAAACCUGAGGAGCCCAAGAAACCAGCAUAUGCCGGUCUGCCAGUCGACGACUCUUCAAGCUCAUGGAUGGAUGUACUGGAUGAACCCAUGAACUUCUCUGAAGAUGAAGAAGAACCAGUUCCAGAGCCACAAAAGAAAACUGAGCCAAUUGUUGAAGCUCCGAUUGUGGAUAAAACCAAGACUACUACAACAGUUUCCACCACAGUUGUUUCUACCAGUGAAACCGAAGUUCCUGAGCAGGCCAAGAAAUCUGAAGAGCCAGAAGAACGAAAGACCCCGUUGGCACCAUUUAAGGACGUAGAGGACAUUGAAGAAACUGUCUUAGUUCAGGCUGAAACUAUCGUGAAGACCAAUAAGAGUUCUGAAAAGGAAGACGAGCACGCACAAACAGGCACUGCUCUGGCACCUUUUGAAACUAAGACGAUCACAACAGUCACCACCACCACAGUUACGACUGAAACUUCCAGCGAAACUUCUACUACACCUGAGCCCAUUAAACAUGAGGAGCCCAAAAAACCAGCAUACGCCGGUCUGCCCGUCGACGACUCUUCGAGCUCAUGGAUGGAUGUUCUGGAUGAACCCAUGAACUUCUCUGAUGAUGAAGAGGAACCAGUUCCAGAGCCGCAAAAGGAAGUAACUCUCGUCGAAGAAGUAAUAAAGCCUGAGCCAAUUGUCGAAGCUCCGGUUGUGGAUGAAGCCAAGAGUAUCACAACAGUUACUACCACAGUGGUUACUAGUGAGUCUACCAGAGAAAAGGAUGUUCCUGAGGAACCCAAGAAGGCUGAGGAACCGGAGAAGAAACCUGAGGAGCCCAAGAAACCAGCAUACGCCGGUCUGCCCGUCGACGACUCUUCUAGCUCAUGGAUGGAUGUUCUUGAUGAACCCAUGAACUUCUCUGAUGAUGAAGAGGAACCAGUUCCAAAGCCACAAAAGGAAAUAACUCUCGUCGAAGAAGUAGUCAAGCGUGAGCCAAUUGUCGAAGCUCCGUUUGUGGAUGAAGCCAAGACUGUCACAACAGUUACCACCACAGUGGUUAGUACUGAGUCUACCAGUGAAAUCGCUAUUUCUGACGUACCCAUGAAAGUUGAGGAACCAGAGAAGAAACCUGAGGAGCCCAAGAAACCAGCAUACGCCGGUCUGCCAGUCGACGACUCUUCAAGCUCAUGGAUGGAUGUACUGGAUGAACCCAUGAACUUCUCUGACGAUGAAGAAGAACCAGUUCCUCAGCCACAAAAGCAAGUGACGCUUAUCGAAGAAGCGGUGAAGCCUGAGCUAAUUGUUGAAGCUCCGGUUGUGGAUGAAACCAAGAUUAUCACAACAAUUACCACCACAGUGGUUGCUACUGAGUCUACCAGUGAAACCGAUGUUCAUGAGCAAGCUAAGAAAUCUAUCAAGCCAGAACAAAAGCCCGAGGAACAAAAGACACCGUUGGCACCAUUUAAAGACGUAGAGGACAUUAAAGAAUCUGACUUAGUUAAUGUUGAAACUGUCGUCGAGACCAAUAAGGAUGCUGAAAUGGAUGACAAGCAACCAGAAUUAAGCACUCCAUUGGCUCCUUUUGAAAAUACGUCACAGAUUGUAAAGACAGUUGAAGUGGUUCAGAAGGAGGUACCGGUGGAGGAGUUUACAACUGUGAAUGAAACUAAGACGAUCACAACAGUCACCACCACCACAGUUACCACUGAAUCUUCCAACGAAACUUCUACUUCUGCUGAGCACAAGAAACCUGAGGAGCCCAAGAAACCCGCAUAUGCCGGUCUGCCCGUCGACGACUCUUCAAGCUCAUGGAUGGAUGUUCUGGAUGAACCCAUGAAUUUCUCUGAUGAUGAAGAGGAACUACCUGCUCAGCCAGAAAAGAAGGUUACAUUCGUGGAAGAAGUCAAGACUGAGCCGAUUGUUGAAACCCCGAUUUUUGCUGAAAACAAGACAAUUAGAAGCAUCUCUACUGUUACCAAGGAAGCAAAUACCGAAACUUCUAUCCCAUUAGAUGGCAAGCACGUUGAGAAACCUGAAAUCAAGCCUUUACCUCCUCAUGUGUGGGAACUGCACUCGUCGUAUGCUGAUGUCUUAAGGCAUACUCUUGAUUUCAUAAGUUUAGAAAAGAAAAAUGUGGAAGUCCCAACUGAAAACAAAGUGGAUAAUAAACAAACAAAAGAAUCAGAAACAAUUCCGGAAGUCCUGAAAAAAACAAAAACCAAGAAGGAAAAACAAUCGAAAAAGCCUAAAGAAGUUCCCAUUCUGAGUCCUGAAGACGAAGUGCAACCAAACAAAAAGGAAUCGCCAAAGGAAGAAAUUACGACCUCUUGGUCAUCAAUGGUUGAAGAAGAUUUGAAUAAUAAAUUUGAAGCAAAUGUUAUGAGUAACACUUUGUGGUCUUCCGUUGUCCGACAAGGUGUUCAGGAACCUUUCACAAAAAUAACAACCGACAUUGAAGAAGCUGAAGAAAUCCCUACUCAGCAACCUGAACAGCAGAACAUUCCCGAAUUUAUUUUGCGCGAACAGAACUCUACAGUGGUUGAUAAGCACAAGAAACAAAAGCCAAAGAAGGAAAAGAAACCAGCUAAAAUGGAAACUGAAGUUGAGGUGGUUACACCUAUUCCAGAGGUAAACACUUAUAGCGAUGAUGGUAAAAUUGUGUACGAACCAGAACAACUUCAAUUAGCUGCUGAAAAUUCUGCGCCACAACCUAUGUCAUGGUCAUCCAUAGUCGCACAGACUGUGGCUGUCACUUCACAAGCUACUGAAACAAAAGUUCCUGAAAAACAAAAUGAACCAAUUAAAUCUAAAGUGGUGCAAGACUUCAUCAAUCAGGAACAAACCUUCUCAACUGCUGUUAAUGGCAAACACAAGAAGCAAAAGGCAAGGAAGGAUAAGAAAUCGAAACAAGAAAACAUUCCAGCCCAAGAACCUGUAACUAUUGUUUCUGAAAAAGAAAAGCAGCAGUUGAGUCCUGAUGUUACAGAGGAAGUUGAAUCAGCGCCAUCCCACUCUUGGUCAUCGAUCGUUUCACAGCCAUCUCAGCCAAUGUCCUGGUCAGCUAUAGUUUCUCAGGACGAAGACUCAAGCUCAGAGGCAAAACAUAUUCAUAUCAAGACAGAGGAAAAGCCUAAGAAGCAACAGGCAAAGAAGGAAAAGAAACCUAAGGUGGAUCCUGUUAAAGAGCCAGAAGUUGAGCUUGUCGUUUCUGAACCUGUUGUUGAACCCAUUGUUGAGCCUGUGGUCGAAGUAACCACUAUUGUUGAAGAAGUUUCUCCUGAGCCACAACCGGAACCCACUCCAGUUAAUGAAGUAGCCCCUUCGCAACCUCUUUCCUGGUCGUCCAUCGUUUCCCAGACGGAAGUCACCACGACAGUAACGGAGACUCGAACCAACGAUGCACCUGCAGAUCCAAAACCCACAGAAGAGAAACCUAAGAAGCAAAAGGCAAAGAAGGAAAAGAAACCAAAGGUUGAUCCUGUUCAAGAGCCAGAAGUUGAGCUUGUCAUUCCUGAACCUGUUGUUGAACCCAUUGUUGAGCCUGUGGUCGAAGUGACCGCUAUUGUUGAAGAAGUUUCUCCUGAGCCACAACCGGAACCCACUCCAGUUAAUGAAGUAGCCCCUUCGCAACCUCUUUCCUGGUCGUCCAUCGUUUCUCAGACCGAAGUCACCACGACAGUAACGGAGACUCGAACCGACAAGGUACCUGCAGAACCAAAACCCACAGAAGAGAAACCUAAGAAGCAAAAGGCAAAGAAGGAAAAGAAACCUAAGGUUGAUCCUGUUCAAGAGCCAGAAGUUGAGCUUGUCGUUCCUGAACCUGUUGUGGAACCCAUUGUUGAGCCUGUGGUCGAAGUGACCACUAUUGUUGAAGAAGUUUUUCCUGAGCCACAACCGGAACCCACUCCAGUUAAUGAAGUAGCCCCUUCGCAACCUCUUUCCUGGUCGUCCAUCGUUUCUCAGACCGAAGUCACCACGACAGUAACGGAGACUCGAACCGACAAGGUACCUGCAGAUCCAAAACCUACGGAAGAGAAGCCUAAGAAGCAAAAGGCAAAGAAGGAAAAGAAAACUAAGGUUGAUCCUGUUCAAGAACCAGAAGUUGAGCUUGUCGUUUCUGAACCUGUUGUUGAACCCAUUGUUGAGCCUGUAGUCGAGGUAACCACUGUCGUUGAAGAAGUUACUCCUGAGCCACAACCGGAACCCACUCCAUUUAAUGAGGCAGCCCCAUCGCAACCUCUUUCCUGGUCGUCCAUCGUUUCUCAGACGGAAGUCACCAGGACAGUAACGGAGACUCGAACCGACGAUGUACCUGCAGAUCCAAAACCUACGGAAGAGAAGCCUAAGAAGCAAAAGGCAAAGAAGGAAAAGAAACCUAAGGUUGAUCCUGUUCAAGAGCCAGAAGUUGAGCUUAUCGUUCCUGAACCUGUCGUAGAACCCAUUGUUGAGGUGCCUGUGGUCGAGGUGACCACUGUCGUUGAAGAAGUUUCUCCUGAGCCACAACCGGAACCCACUCCAGUUAAUGAAGUAGCCCCUUCGCAACCUCUUUCCUGGUCGUCCAUCGUUUCUCAGACCGAAGUCACCACGACAGUAACGGAGACUCGAACCGACAAGGUACCUGCAGAACCAAAACCCACAGAAGAGAAACCUAAGAAGCAAAAGGCAAAGAAGGAAAAGAAACCUAAGGUUGAUCCUGUUCAAGAGCCAGAAGUUGAGCUUGUCGUUCCUGAACCUGUUGUGGAACCCAUUGUUGAGCCUGUGGUCGAAGUGACCACUAUUGUUGAAGAAGUUUUUCCUGAGCCACAACCAGAACCCACUCCAGUUAAUGAAGUAGCCCCUUCGCAACCUCUUUCCUGGUCGUCCAUCGUUUCUCAGACCGAAGUCACCACGACAGUAACGGAGACUCGAACCGACAAGGUACCUGCAGAUCCAAAACCUACGGAAGAGAAGCCUAAGAAGCAAAAGGCAAAGAAGGAAAAGAAAACUAAGGUUGAUCCUGUUCAAGAACCAGAAGUUGAGCUUGUCGUUUCUGAACCUGUUGUUGAACCCAUUGUUGAGCCUGUAGUCGAGGUAACCACUGUCGUUGAAGAAGUUACUCCUGAGCCACAACCGGAACCCACUCUAUUUAAUGAGGCAGCCCCAUCGCAACCUCAUUCCUGGUCGUCCAUCGUUUCUCAGACGGAAGUCACCAGGACAGUAACAGAGACUCGAACCGACGAUGUACCUGCAGAUCCAAAACCUACGGAAGAGAAGCCUAAGAAGCAAAAGGCAAAGAAGGAAAAGAAAACUAAGGUUGAUCCUGUUCAAGAACCAGAACUUGAGCUUGUCGUUUUUGAACCUGUUGAACCCAUUGUUGAGCCUGUAGUCGAGGUAACCACUGUCGUUGGAGAAGUUACUCCUGAGCCACAACCGGAACCCACUUCAGUUGGUGAGGUAGCCUUAUCGCAACCUCUUUCCUGGUCAUCCAUCGUUUCUCAGGCGGAAGUCACCACGACAGUAACGGAGACUCGAACCGACGAUGUACCUGCAGAACCAAAACCCACAGAAGAAAAACCUAAGAAGCAAAAGGCACAGAAGGAAAAGAAACCUAAGGUUGAUCCUGUUCAAGAGCCAGAAGUUGAGCUUGUCGUUCCUGAACCUGUCGUUGAACCAAUUGUUGAGGUGCCUGGUGUUCAAGAACCAGUUGUCGAGGUGACCACUGUCGUUGAAGAAGUUAGUGAGGCAGCCCCAUCGCAACCUCUUUCCUGGUCGUCCAUCGUUUCUCAGACAGAAGUCACCACGACAGUAACGGAGACUCGAACCGACGAUGUACCUGCAGAUCCAAAACCUACGGAAGAGAAGCCUAAGAAGCAAAAGGCAAAGAAGGAAAAGAAACCUAAGGUUGAUCCUGUUCAAGAACCAGAAGUUGAGCUUGUCGUUUCUGAACCUGUUGUUGAACCCAUUGUUGAGCCUGUAGUCGAGGUAACCACUGUCGUUGAAGAAGUUAGUGAGGCAGCCCCAUCGCAACCUCUUUCCUGGUCGUCCAUCGUUUCUCAGACGGAAGUCACCACAACAGUAACGGAGACUAGAACCGACGAUGUACAUGCAGAUCAAAAAACCGCAGAAGAGAAGCCCAAGAAGCAAAAGACAAAGAAGGAAACGAAAGCUAAGGUUGAUCCUGUUCAAGAGCCAGAAGUUGAGCUUAUCGUUCCUAAACCUGUCGUUGAACCCAUUUUUGAGGUGCCUGUGGUCGAGGUGACCACUGUCGUUAAAGAAGUGAAUCCUGAGCCACAAUCGGAACCCACUCCAGUUAAUGAAGUUGCCCCUUCGCAACCUCUUUCCUGGUCGUCCAUCGUUUCUCAGACGGAAGUCACGACGACAGUAACGGAUACUCGAACCGACGAUGUACAUGCAGAUCAAAAAACCACAGAAGAGAAGCCUAAGAAGCAGAAGGCAAAGAAGGAAAAGAAACCUAAGGUUGAUCCUGUUCAAGAACCAGAAGUUGAGCUUGUCGUUUCUGAACCUGUUGUUGAACCCAUUGUUGAGCCUGUGGUCGAGGUAACCACUGUCGUUGGAGAAGUUACUCCUGAGCCACAACCGGAACCCACUUCAGUUGGUGAGGUAGCCCCAUCGCAACCUCUUUCCUGGUCGUCCAUCGUUUCUCAGACGGAAGUCACCACGACAGUAACGGAAACUCGAACCGACGAUGUACCUGCAGAACCAAAACCCACAGAAGAGAAACCUAAGAAGAAAAAGGCAAAGAAGGAAAAGAAACCUGAGGUUAAUCCUGUUCAAGAGCCAGAAGUUGAGCUUAUCGUUCCUGAACCUGUCGUAGAACCCAUUGUUGAGGUGCCUGUGGUCGAGGUGACCACUGUCGUUAAAGAAGUGACUCCUGAGCCACAAUCGGAACCCACUCCAGUUAAUGAAGUUGCCCCUUCGCAACCUCUUUCCUGGUCGUCCAUCGUUUCUCAGACGGAAGUCACCACGACAGUCAUGGAUACUCGAACCAACGAUGUACCUACAGAACCAAAACCCACAGAAGAGAAACCUAAGAAGCAAAAGGCAAAGAAGGAAAAGAAACCAAAGGUUGAUCCUGUUCAAGAACCAGAAGUUGAGAUUGUCGUUCCUGAACCUGUCGUUGAACCCAUUGUUGAGGUGCCUGGUGUUCAAGAACCAGUGGUCGAGGUGACCACUGUCGUUGAAGAAAUUGCUCCUGAGCCACAACCGGAACCCACUUCAGUUGGUGAGGUAGCCUUAUCGCAACCUCUUUCCUGGUCGUCCAUCGUUUCUCAGACCGAAAUCACCACGACAGUAACGGAAACUCGAACCGACGAUGUACCUGCAGAUCAAAAACCCACAGAAGAGAAGCCCAAGAAGCAAAAGGCAAAGAAGGAAAAGAAAACUAAGGCUGAUCCUGUUCAAGAACCAGAAGUUCAGCUUUUCGUUCCUGAACCUGUUGUGGAACCCAUUGUUGACCCUGUGGUUGAGGUGACCACUGUUGUUGAAGAAGUUACUCCUGAGCAGCAGGUAGCCUUAUCGCAACCUGUUUCCUGGUCAUCCAUCGUUUCUCAGACGGAAGUCACCACAACAGUAACGGAGAAUGGAACCGACGAUGUACCUGCAGAACCAAAACCCACAGAAGAGAAACCUAAGAAGCAAAAGGCAAAGAAGGAAAAGAAACCUAAGGUUGAUCCUGUUCAAGAGCCAGAAGUUGAGCUUGUCGUUCCUGAACCUGUCGUUGAACCCAUUGUUGACGUGCCUGGUGUUCAUGAACCAGUUGUCAAGGUGACCACUGUCGUAGAAGAAAUUGCUCCAGAGCCACAACCGGAACCCACUCCAGUUAGUGAGGCAGCCCCAUCGCAUCCUCUUUCCUGGUCGUCCAUCGUUUCUCAGACGAAAGUCACCACGACAGUAACGGAGACUCGAACCGACGAUGUACCUGCAGAUCCAAAAUCUACGGAAGAGAAACCUAAGAAGCAAAAGGCAAAGAAGGAAAAGAAACCUAAGGUUGCUCCUGUUCAAGAGCCAAAAGUUGAGCUUGUCGUUCCUGAACCUGUCGUUGAACACAUUGUUGAGGUGCCUGGUGUUCAAGAACCAGUGGUCGAGGUGACCACUGUCGUUGAAGAAAUUGCUCCUGAGCCACAACCGGAACCCACUUCAGUUGGUGAGGUAGCUUUAUCGCAACCUCUUUCCUGGUCGUCCAUCGUUUCUCAGACCGAUAUCACCACGACAGUAACGGAAACUCGAACCGACGAUGUACCUGCAGAUCAAAAACCCACAGAAGAGCAGCCCAAGAAGCAAAAGGCAAAGAAAGAAAAGAAAACUAAGGCUGACCCUGUUCAAAAACCAGAAGUUGAGUUUUUCGUUCCUGAACCUGUUGUGGAACCCAUUGUUGAGCCUGUGGUUGAGGUGACCACUUUCGUUGAAGAAGUUACUCCUGAGCAGCAGGUAGCCUUAUCGCAACCUCUUUCCUGGUCAUCCAUCGUUUCUCAGACGGAAGUCACCACGACAGUAACGGAGACUGGAACCGACGAUGUACCUGCAGAACCAAAACCCACAGAAGAGAAGCCCAAGAAGCAAACGGCAAAGAAGGAAAAGAAAUCUAAGGUUGACCCUGUUUCAGAACCAGAUGUUGAGCUUUUUGUUUCUGUACCUGUUGUUGAACCGAUUUUUGAGCCUGUGGUCGAGGUAACCACUGUCGUCGAAGAAGUUACACCUGAGCCACAACCGGAACCCACUCCAGUUAGUGAUGUAGCCCCAUCGCAACCUCUUUCUUGGUCGACUAUCGUUUCUCAGACGGAUGUCAGCACAACAGUAACGGAGACUCGAACCGACGAUGUACCUGCAGAUCCAAAACCCACAGAAGAGAAGCCUAAGAAGCAAAAUGCAAAGAAGGAAAAGAAAGUUAAGGUUGAUCCUGUUCAAGAGACAGAAGUUAAACAUAUUGUGGUUCCAAAACCGAUUGAUGAGGUGACCACUGUCAUCGAAGACGUUGCUCCUGAGUCAAAACCCGAACCUACUCCAUCUUUGCCACCAUUAGCAUUUUCCUGGUCAUCUAUCGUUUCUCAGUCGGUUGAAGUUCCACCAACCGUUACCAAAAUCUCUCCGAAAUCUCAACAGGACUUUAUUAUCCAAGAACAAAACUUUUCAAGAUCUGGAUAUAGUGUGCCAAAUAAAACUACAAAAUCUACCGAUAAAUCAAGUGGUGACAUUUUUGUAGAGGAUAAGGCAUUUGAAAACAAUGUGAUUUCAGAAAAUACUGCUGAAAUUGUUCCCGCCCAAAUAACGGAACCUCCUCAAGCCGAUUCAGUUUCACCUCCCAGCUUAUCUUGGUCAUCGAUUGUAACGAAAGAAAUUAUCGAAACAGAAACCGUUACAGAAAACAUACAGAAAACUCAUACUUCUCAGCACAUUAACGACUUUAUUGCUCAAGAACAGAACUACUCAACGGCUGUUAAUGAUAAAGCAAAGAAACAGAAACCAAGGAAGGAAAAGAAAAUUGUGCAACCUAUUCAACAGCCGAUAGUGGAAAAUGUUUCAGCACCUAAAGAUCAGCAAAGAGAAAGAGUUUCUGAUUCUGUUUCUGUGCCCUUGCCCGCGCAGACUUUGUCAUGGUCUUCAAUUGUUUCUCAUAACAUCGAUUUGACUCCGACAUUCACGGAAACGCGAGUCACUGAAACCGUUGAUGUGAUACCAAGACCUCAAGAGGUUAAAGAAUUUUCACCUCAUGCACAGGAGCAAAAACAGGAGAAACAAAAGCCGAAAAAGGAGAAGAAACUGCCUAAGACGUCUGCACCCGAUUUUACUGAAAAACAAAUUAUCGAAACUUCCGUCACGUACGAUAAGGUUCCAGAAACUGAACGAGUUUCCGGGUCGUCAUCGCCCGAAUUUAGCAUACAGUUACCCACAGAAAACAAACCAUCUGUAUGGUCAUCAUCGGAAACCUAUGCCGAAGUGGUCAAGAAGUCAGGUUACACCAACAAUACAAACAUAAAGUAUCAAAACAUUGAAUCGAUCGAACCAAAAGUAAAGAGUCAAAAGCAGCUGCCCUCCGCAGUCCAGACAGAGGAUGUUGUUGUGGAGUUCCCCGACCCCAUCAUUCCCUCAAUUGAAGAACCAGAAACAGACGACUAUCAUCAGAAAUCCUCCCAUUUGUCUUGGAAGGAUCUGAUAGAUGAGGAGGAAGACGAGCCUUCAGAGUUCUGGCACCAGGAAGAAUCAAUUGCCAUCGAAACUCAACCACAAGAACCAGUACAAGAGAGACGUUCAAGAAUUAGCGAUAAACCAGAAAUACAGAUCACUGAAGUAUAUACUGAAACUCAGCAACAGCGCGAGAUUGAUCAAGGGUUCCUGGAAAUUGCUUCAAAGAAGAGGAAUCGAUCUCGCUCUCGCUCGCAGCAAUCGCAGGUUUCAACGGUUGAUGAGAAACCACAAAAGAAGAAAUCAAAGAAACCAAAGGAUAAAUCUCAAUCCGUACAUACUCAGAAGACAGUGGAACUAGCUCAGGAAAUACAACCCUUUACGGAAACUGAACCAGUUUUGGAAGAAAAGACUUCUCCAGCACCGGUACGGGAACCGUCUCCUGCUCCUUCUCUUAACACCACUGGUAUGUCAUGGGCUGCUAUUGCCGCGUAUAACGUACCUGAACCUGCCCAACAAAUUCGACCCCUUCAAGUUGAGGCGAAGUCGACUACCGUUGAAGAUGUGAAGAAGUUAAGAAAGGAACAUACAGUUAGCAUUCCAAUUACUUUGGAAGCCUCUGAACCGAAGACUAAAAAACCAAAGCAAAAGUCCAAACGUAAAUCCCCCACAGAUGUCGUUGACUUCAUAAAUGCGGAAAAAUCGAGCCAUCAAGUGAUUGUUCCCGAACCUGUUCAAAAAGAAAAAAUAGCUGUCGAGAAAACUCCUCUUGCUCCUUUCGCAAUUGAUACGGAGCCGAAAAUUGAGGUGACUGUUGACAAGGAACCAGUUCCACAGCCACAAAAGGAAGUGACGGUUAAAGAAGUAGUCGUAGAGCCUAUUGUUGAAGCUCCGAUUGUGGAUGAAACCAAGACUAUCACAACCGUUACCACCACAGUUGUCACUACUGAGUCUACGGGUGAAAUCGAUGUUCCGGAACAACCCAAUAAAACUGAACAGCCAGAACAAAGUCCCGAGGAACAAAAGACACCAUUGGCACCUCUUAAGGACGUAGAGGACGUUGAAGAAAUCGACUUGGUCAAGGUUGCAACUGUCGUGGAGACUAAGAAUGCUGAAAAGGAAGACAAGAAACCUCAACUAAGCACUCCCCUUGCACCUUUCGAAAAUGUCUCUAAGGUUGCAGAAACAGUUGAAGUGGUUCAGAAAGAGAUUCCUGAUGACGAGUCCAUAACAGUAAAUGAUACCCAAACGAUCACAACAGUUACCACUACCACUGUUACCACUGAAACUUCCAACGAAUCUUCUACUACAGUUAAUCUCAAAAAACAUGAGGAGCCCAAGAAGCCAGCAUACGCCGGUCUGCCCGUCGACGACUCUUCGAGCUCAUGGAUGGAUGUUCUGGAUGAACCCAUGAACUUCUCUGAUGAUGAAGAGGAACGAGUUCCAGAGCCGCAAAAGGAAAUGACGUUUGUCGAAGAAGUGGUGAAGCCUGAGCCAAUUCUGGAUGAAUCCAAGACUGUCACAACAGUUACCACAACAGUGGUUACUUCUGAGUCCACUAGUGAAAUCGCUAUUCCUGACGAACCCAAGAAGGCUGAGGAACCAGAGAAGAAACCUGAAGAGCCCAAGAAACCAGCAUAUGCCGGUCUGCCAGUCGACGACUCUUCAAGCUCAUGGAUGGAUGUCCUGGAUGAACCCAUGAACUUCUCUGACGAUGAAGAAGAACCGGUUCCCGAGCCACAAAAGGAAGUGACGCUUGCCGAAGAAGUAGUCAAACCUGAACCAACUCUUGAUGAAUCCAAGACUGUCACAACAGUUAACACCACAGUGGUUUGUACUGAGUCUACCAGUAUUCCUGAGCAACCGAAGAAGGCUGAGGGACCUGAGAAGAAUCCUGAGGAGCCCAAGAAACCCGCAUAUGCCGGUCUGCCCGUAGACGACUCUUCCAGCUCUUGGAUGGAUGUUCUGGAUGAACCCAUGAGCUUCUCUGAUGAUGAGGAAGUUGUGGAAACUGGAGAAACUGAUAAGGUUGACAUACCAGAACAUUCACGCACUCCAUUGGCACCCUUUAACUAUGAUGCUAAGGUAGAAGAGACAGGUGAUGUGGUUCAGAAGACAACCGAAGCUAUUGAGGUCAUUGUUGGAAAUGUUACUACUGAAUCUGGAAACACUCCUCUGGCGCCUUUCGAAGUGCUUCCCGAGUCUGCAGGUAAAGACGAUGCCUUCAUUUGUGAGACAUCCUAUUGGUCAGCAACACUUAAACCAGGUCAGAAACCUACAACAACGAUUGAGACAACCGAAACAAAAACUGAGGAAAGCCAACCCAUUAAGGUGACUAUUCCAAUCGAGGAUGUUAUUGAGGAGGUUGCGGUCAAGUCACCCACCGACCAGCCUACAACUUGGUCAGCAAUCGUUCAAACCGAGACAACAGUUUUCCCAACAGAAGAAAAAGAGGACAAAACUCCCGAUUGGUCUACUGUUGUUGUGAGCAAAACUACCGACUUCCAGAAGCCUAAGCAAAUGGAUGUUGUGGUAGAUUCGGAGAACGUAACAACAACGACAACAACUUAUGUGACAACAACAGUGACGACUCACAAGGAUGUUCCCGUUGUGGAGGAUAAUUCCCAAACCACAUCUUAUGUGUCAACUGUGGUAACCAGCCAUAAAAAUGAGCUGGCAUUGGAAACAGAACCUUCGAUACAAAUUGAACCUAGUAAACCUGAAAACCUUUACGAGAAUCUGUAUCGCGAAGGAUUCAAAUUGCAUCCUCAAUACGACUUGCUGCAGGGACUAUAUCAACAAUCCCAGGUAUGCGUAACGGAGGAACCCGCUGUAGUGGAACCCAAAGAAGAAGUUCCUUCUAUAGAAGAUUAUGUGAUAAUUGAACCCGAAGCGAUACCCCAAAUCAAUUCCGAAAUCCUUGCUCUCAAUCUUUAUCUUGACCAGCCCAAGUCGCAUGUAGACGUUGACACCAUUAGCCAGUUGAUCACACUUGAAAAACCAGUUGAGGUUAUUGUAAAAUCAGAACCUGUAGUGGAGGAGACCAAAGUAGUAGAAACUGUAGAAACUUCUACUGAGCCCCUUGCUGAUGAACCCCUUGCUGAUGAACCUCUUGCCCCAGAAGCAACCCAACCCCAACCCCAAGCGACUAGGCCUAGCGAUCUGCUCUGGCACCUCAGCCAGGACGAUUUCGUCAAACUUAUCAAUCACUAUAGGCAAACGGUAAGCGAUGCUUAUGCAUUGCUGGCAAGGACAACCACAGACGAGACGAAAGCUCAGGAAACUCAAGACGAUAAGCAAAAGACUGACAGCAUUACAGAAACUGUAGUGACAACCACGACAACUACGAUUACGGAUCGCGUUGUAGAAAAGACUGAACCAGAAGCAUCGUCCUUACCAAUCAUUCCUACCGCCCAACCACUGGCGACACCAACGGUUGGCAACCUCGAUCAGUUGCGUCUGAAUCUGUAUCUGGACGAUUGGCAGCCGGCCAGUGUCGAUGCAGAUUUGGCCGACAAUUUGGUCGACAGACUGAAACGUGAUGAUGUUGCCAGUAGUGAAGCGGAAUUUGACAAAGACAAGAAGCAACCCGAUGGUGAAAUUAAAAAACCAGAUGGUGCCUCUGAAAUACCAGACAAGGACGAUCAUGACAGUGACGAUGACGACGACGACGAUGAUGACGACGAGGGGGGUAAGCCGACUGUGCCAGAAAUUCGCAAGCCAAACGACGACGAUGAUAAACCGAACGACAAGGAUCCUGGUAGUGGUAGUAGUGGUAAUGUUACCCCCACACCCGAGCACGAUGCCCAGUAUGGUCAGAACCGUAGCUGCUCAUCGGAGUAUAGGUCUACUGAUCUUCCUGGUGGAGUGGGUCAUUGGCGAGAUGACAGUACUUAUCUGGCUUUAGAAGCCGAACAGCCUCAGGUUAAAUUAGGAAAUGAACCAGCCGCAGCACCCAUAAUUUCGGGUGUUGAAUCUGUACUAACCGAAACUAAAACCACAAGUCCCGCCUCAGUCCCAGACUCAGCCCCUGAAACCAGUCCCAGUACAACUACUAGUCCCCUUAACGUUGCAAACGCACUAAUCCAAUUGGCAAGCGCCACAACUCACACGCUGUCCGCCAAGGCGAACGCAGCAGCAACAGCAACACAUGCAGCAGCGCUGGCAGCAACCAGUGCUCUAUUGCCAGUUGCAACGGCCGUAGUUGAUAAGCUAACGGCGACCACACCAGUGGAGACACCAUCGGAAACUGCAGAACUUGCUGCCGUAGAGCCAGUGGUUGCACUUGCAACACCGGCAGUAACAGAAUCAGCAGCAGCAACACCGCCAGCAACAACACUCACCGAAACGACAACAACUAGCAGCAGUGAAGAGGAGGUGGUCUUGCCCACCGAAAAUGUGGGUGUGACAAGGCGCACCACAACAACAACAACAACCGUAACAACAACAACGACUAUCGAAACGCCAUCGACAACUAGCACCACAACGACAACAACAACCAAAAGCAACAACGAUCUGUUGCUGCAACAGCAACGCCAGAAGGAACUAAUUACGCAAGAUCUCGACGAACUGCUCCAAUCGCUUUCGAGCGUCGAGGAUGGCAUCGCGAACAUGAACCAGAGCAGCCUGGAGGGCAUGCUACAAGGACUGAAGCUAAUCCAAAGCAAUCUUGAGGUGUACGAAAAGGACGCCAACCAGUUGAAGGCCCAGGCAAAGGCAUUACCCACGGAUCCAGCCACCGAACGUUUACUCAACGAGACCGUGGAUCGCAUUGACUUGCUACUACGCCGUACUCAGCAAGGCGUCACCAUGAUAGCGAGUGCUAUGCAUGGUCAGAAGAAGCGCCAGCAGGAGAUUGACGAGUACCAGCAACAUCUUCUGGAACUAGAACGCUGGAUCAAUGAGGUAUCCGCAGAGCUGGCUUCCUUCGAACCCACCUCGGAUAGCAGCACAGAUGAGCAAGUUCUCAAGUCGCAGGUGGAGAGGAGCCAGCAGUUAUUGCGCACCCUUAAGGAUCGCCAGCAGUCCAUGGAGGAUCUGGUGGAGCAGACACGUCAGCUGCAAUCCCAACCCGAUGUUGCUCCCUUGGCUGAUACGCUGAUGGAGCAGCUGCAGAGCAUAAUAACCGUUCUGCGGGAACAGAUCACAGUGGCCACCAAGCGCAUCUUUACCAUCGAAAAGCGCAUCGUGGACUUGCGCAAGGCAAAGACCGAGGAGGCACAACGCCAACGUGUGCUUGCUGAUUCACUCAUCAAGCCACCAACGGAAGUUCCGGCGAGUCCAGAGCCACAUGAAUCCAUUGAGUCCAACGAGAAUACCAUCGACUCCAGUUCUAUGCCCGAAGAAGAGAUCAAGCCCAGUGGUGUGUAUGUGGAGACGCAGACAUCGCUUAGCCUGCAGCAGCCCCCAGUUCAGGUGGUGACCACCACCACUGUGGAGGCGCAGACAAGCUUCAAGGAGCCAGCUGUGGAAACCGCAGAGGUGGCUCUGCAAACCCAAAAGGAGCGUUCACCAACCGAGAACAUUAUGGUAACCCAGACGGUGCAGCAUGGCCAGGAGACCAUACAGAUUGACACCACUCGCAACAAGGAUGUGCCCACUGAGCCCGAAGAUGUCCAGAUUGAAGCACGCUACCAUCAACGACCCCAGGGCGAUGUGGAUCGCGCUACUGAGCUGAUCCUGAAGAAUGUACCUCAAGCAUUCGAAACCACUUUCGUGGAGCCAGAUGAGACGACCACGGAAGUAAUUGUGGGUCCAGAUGGCACCAAGCACAUUGUGCUUAAGAAGGUCACUAAAACCCGCCAACAGAUUGUGCAGCAGCAACAGAUCAGUUCGAUUGAGACAAUCAGCGAUUCAGAUGGCAACAUUGAGGUGCACUCUACUGGUCAGAUCAAUCUGGAGAAUGUGCACACCACCGACACCAAGGCUGAUCCUGAGGAGGGCAGUGUCCACACUGUAAUUACGCAGCAAACACGUGGUGCUGUUGUGGAUUCCUCACAGCCCGAAGGUGUGAUCCUGAAGGAGUUCGAAACUGAGCCCACUGUUGAGACGUACGAAGAAGUGAUUGCUCCAGGAUCUCAGGCGCAACUGAUUUCAGUGCAGGCUGGGGAUGUGCAAACUCAAGGCACCAUACGAGCAGUAGUUCAGCAGGUUACCCGCAAGGUGAUCCGUAAGACGCGUAAAAUCAUUAAGCGCGUGGUGAUUAUCGAUGGAAAGGAACACAUUACCGAGGAGGUGGUGGAGGAGCCAGAGGAGGUCGAGAUAACCGAGGAGGAGACAGCCCCGCAUAUUAAUGUGAAUAUUGUGCGAACCGUUGAUGGAAAGGUGGUAACCGAAGAGGAGUUCCAGCGAUUGAUGCAGGAGCCCGGAGUUCAGAUCGAAGAAGUUGCCACGGAUCUGUGCAAGCCAACAGCAGCAGAACCGCAGCAACAGGUAUUUGAUAUUGAGUCUACCCAAGUCACCACCACCACAAGAACUACAACAGCAACCACACAAGAACAAGAACAAGAACAGCCAGAACAACAGACACUAAAACCAACAACAACAGUAACGACUAAAGAAGCACCUGUAGAGUUGCCAGCACCUCAAGUAGAUGUUGAACAACCAGUAGAAGUUGCAACUACCAGUCCCGUUAAUGUUCCAACAGCGGAUGUAGUUGAGCCUAAGGACUCCUCAGCUCCAACUACUUCCCCAGCUAUUGUAGAGAUCGAAACUGUGGUUGAAGAUAUCAACGAGAUUUGGCCACUGGAACAUCAUCUCAAACCCACCAACAUUGACUUCUCCCAGCACAUCGAAGAAUUAGCACCAGCAGCACCAGAAACCAAAACAGAGACUGAAGCCUCCAUGCCAGUGGAGGAAAUUUGGCCGACUAGCCCAGAAACCGGAAACUCAUUGACCCUGGAACACUACGAAUUCGAGCCACAAUCACCACGUGACGAGAGCACAAAAUCUGAUGAAAUUAAGCCCCAAGAGACUGAACCUGAAUCGGUUGCUGAGAUUAAGCCAGAGCCCAUUACCACUGGAAGUAUUACCAUUACCAAGACUACAACCACCAUUACAAGCUCCACGGAAUUGCCAGAGGAUACUAUUGUGCAGAAUCUGUCUGCAGAUGAAUCGCAGCCUCCUAUAUCCAAGACCAAGACUGAUAUUCAGAGCUUCCUAGAAGCCGAACAGACGCUGGCCGCAGCUCUUAAAGAACAAUCUUCAACACCAACUGAAACAUCUAUUGUUGAAAUUGUCCCGACUCAGCCUCAGGAAGUUGUCUUUAAGUUGGAGAAGGAACCUGUUCCUGUAGAGACUGAGGAAAAACAACCUGAGCCUUUGCCUGUUUACCCCCAACAGAAAUCGGAGGAACUGACAGCCAUUGAAGUCAUCGAAAAGUCUGAACAGAAGCCAGUAGAGCCAAUCCUUGAACAACCGGCUCCUGGACAAAUUGACCUGCGUUCCGCCACACAGCUCUUCAUAUCUGGAGAGGCUGCGGCUGCAACGGCUCCACAGAAAACCUUCAAAAUCACCGCCCCCUCCCUGGAGGACAAUGGCGAUGGUGUAUUGAAGGUCGUCCUUGGCAAGGAAAGCACAACCGAGGAGGAUACCACAGCUCCAACCACUGGCAAAGUCAGCAUGACCAUCAUUGAGACCGCCGUUGCUCCCGUCACAGACGCCAAGCGGCGUCGAAAGAAAAAGAAGAGAAGAGAUACGAAACAUGAGGAGGAAGUCGAGCAAGAACAAGAGACUGAGCCGGAGGCGGUGGCCGUUAAGGAGCCUGAGGUUGACUCAGAUCUGCCCGUUUCUCCUGAGGAUUCGCCACGCGACACCGUGCGUCAUGAGUCCAUUGUAGAGAUCAGUCCCGAUAGCGAUUUGUCCAGCAUUGAGAUUGACACGAAGGUGAAGAUUGUGGAAGAUGCAGUAGUCUCUUCGCCUUCAGAAUCACCAAGGGCGCCUUUGGUUGAAUUGGUUAUUCCCACUGAAGUUUUGGAACUGGCUUUGGUUGAGGAUGAGGAACAGCAGACCACACCACGUGUUCCCUCACCCACUGAUAAAUCCGAAGUCGAGCAGGAAAUCAAGUCCGUGCAGACUUCUCCGCAGCAUCAACCAACUCUGGAUGAGACUGCAGUGCAGACUAGCCUGGAGGUGCAACCAGAUAAUCAGGAAAACGAAUCCCAGACCUUGAUUGUUGAGAUUACCGAGACAGAGGCCCAAACCACUCCCCGAAGCGAAGAACCACCGGUGGCUGUAGAGAUAUCUACCACCGAGAUUCAAACGGAUGUGAGUGGCCAGCCAGCCGAAACUGUUGAGAUUUCAAGCCAAACUACUGUGACCACCACCAUUGAAAAGGAACUGCAGACCACGCCAAAGGAUACGCCCCGCGCACCUGAGCCAGGCAGCAACGAUGUGGUGGAAUCUCUGGUCCAGGACUUGGUUAAGGAUCUGACCACCGAUCUGCCAGUGCGUACCACUGAACAGUCUACUGUGACUGAAAUUACAACUACCGCUGAGACCCAUGUCCAGACUACAACUCCUGAGCCAAGGGAACAAGCUGAAACUAUCAAGCCAGAGACUGUUCAUGAGGAGACCUCAACGGUGGAACUUGUCCAAGUCGCCGAUGGUGAGAUGCAAACCACACCUCGUGGAGAUCAGCAACCCCCAUCGCUGGAUGAUAACUCUCUGACUGCCACUUCGAUAUCCGUUUCGGAACCCUACGAACUGGAGGUCAAGACGACAGUGGCCAUUCCUGCUGAUUCUGAUACAUCUGUGGCUGAGCCGACGGUCUAUGAAUACACACAGACCAUGCAGUUGCCCAAGCCGGAAAAGAAAUCCAAGAAGGACAAGAAGAGGAAGCAGAAGAAUGAGCCUGUAGUGGAACAGCAGCUGCCAGAGGAACCACAGAUCAGUGUGACUGUAGAAAUUGCACCUGAAUUGCUCUCCGAGUCAGGAAUUAUGGUAUCCACGAACCAGGAGAUUGAAGAUGUGCCUCAUGUUACACCCGUGGUGGAGACUCCUAUUGAACCCGAAGAAGACGGAGCUCCAAAAGCCCAAAGAGUGCAACUUCAAAUCACCAAAACUACUGUCUAUGAUGAGUACCCCGAUCUGCCAGUGCACAUUACGGAGCAGAACAAGGUGCUUAUUGCAUCCCAGCAAAGCAAACGAUCCGGAGCCGGACCCACAUCCUCUGCGGUGACCAUUGAAGAGGUCGCCUCACCUACAGAGGAGCUAGUGGUACCUAUCACUCCCGGACCGGACAAUCUCAGUGGUGAGCCGCAUAACAUUUGGUUCAGUGCCACCACCAGCGUGGAUAAGACACCAAUUGAGCUCUCACAGGCUUUGAUUAUGAGCGAGAGUUUACAGCACUAUCCAGGACAACAGAACCGGCAGCAGAUCCUAGUCACCACCACCAAAGACGCCAUUGGCGACCGCAUCAAACACCUUAAGCAGGCUUCGCCGCAGCAGGCAACUCCACUGAGCAACGUCCUCCACUUGGCCACUUUGUCCGAACAGAUAAAGGAACUGCCCACGGAGCAGCGCAUCUUGGAAAUCAACGAGGGUCUACAGGAUCUUGAUGCUGCCAUUAAGAACGGUGACAAAACUGUGAUCCAGACCACUGUGAUUACGGUCAUCGAGAAGGUAUCAACGUGGUUGGAGACCAUCGAGUACCGUGUGUACCUCAUCCGACAGAACUCCAAUGAAGGUCCCUCCGAAGAGAAGCUGGACAACUAUAACCAACUUAACGAGGAGCUCAGCACCAUCAAGCAUAAUGUCAACCAAUUGGAGCGACAGCUGUCCAAGGCUGAGCCGGAGUUGUUGCAAUGCGUGGAUUCUCUGAAGGAUCACGUCGAUGCAGUGGAGCAAGUUACGCAACAGAACCAGGUACAGGAUAGCAAUGAUCUGGACAAGUGGCACAGCUUCGAGGUGCUUCUCUACAACGUUUCCACAGUUUUGGCCGACUUGCAGCAGAGCUACGAUCAUCUGAUUAAUCAGGAGUAUCCUCUAUCCGCCAAACUUUCCCAGUUGGAUGACUUGGAGCAGCAACAUGAGGCGGCACAGCAGCAACUUGCACAGCUCUGCCAAAAUGCCCGAGCUUUCCAGCGUGAUUUCCCAGGCAAGAAGAUGCCGCAGGAUGUCCACAAUGCCUUCGAGACCAGCAAGAAUAUUGGCAACAACAUCCAGGCAGAACGUGAGCGUGUCCUUCAGUUGCAAUCCCUGGCGGAGGAGUACGAGCAGACCCUUAAGGAAUUCCCAAAAAUCACAGUUCUGGCCGACAAAUUGGUUGAGAGCCCGAUAGUUUCCAGUUCCCUCGAACAGCUGAACAACGAGGUGCAGAAGCAGAGGAAGUUCUUUGUAAAUCUCAGCCACUGUCGUGCCAUGUUGGAAUCCCUGGAGGAGAACAUUGACAGUGAGACUCGCGAAAAGCACUCAGAGUUGCACAAGGAGCUCUACAAUAGGGCUACUUGCCUGCUGGACAAGGCUUCCGAAAGGUCAUCCAAGCUGGUGCAAGCUGCCUCCCGCUGGACAGUUUUGGAGAAGGGCAUGCGAGAUGAAAUCCAAUGGCUGCAGGUGGCUCAACAAAGAGUUCCCGAUUUGUCUGCCGUAACAUCCGCAGAUUAUGAUCAGUACACCACGCUCUACCAAUCUCUGAGCAAUGAUAUCUCGCAUCACUAUGUGAAGAUGACCCAGCUUUCGGGAAUAGCCAACAAACUGCAGCUCUUGGUGCAAGCCCCCAAUCUCGUAGAGGAAACCAAUGAGGCUUUAAUCGUUUUGCUUAAACUUCGUGAGGAGGUUGCUUUGUAUCUUCACCGCCUGCUGGUCUUCAAGGAAAUCUGGGUGCAGUACGAACAGCAAACGGAUAAAUUGGAGGCCUUUGUACGCGAGGCAGAGCAGGAAUUGCGGCAGAUUCAGAUCCCGUCGCAGCCCACCCAGCAGCCCAUUGAGCAUAUGCGUCAGUUCUGGGAGAUUAAGGCCCGUUUCGAACUGCAUAACAAUGUGAGGACGGAAACUGGUCUGACUUUUGAAAAAUCCCUGCAGGUCAUCCCAUUGGCCGAUGAGAUGCUUCAGCGGCAAUUCCAUGCCCAACUGGAGGACCGCUGGCAGGCCGUGGCCCAGGCCAUUGAACUUAUUCAGCACAAUAUAGUGGAAUGCCUGUCAUCGGAGGAUAUGCCAGCGGAUGAGAAACUCAAAAUGGUAGAGCGAGAGCUUCAAGAGAUCUACCUGACCAUGACCAGCAUGAAGGGCGUAAUCAAGAACGAGGAGGAACUCUGCCUGUACAUCGAGCGUGUCCAAGUCCUUCGCACUCGUGUCGGAUUUAUUGGUAACGAACUGGGCAGGAUUGGACUACAAGAACCUGCUAUUGAACCCGAAAAAGUGGGUGAACUUUUCGCUCUCUCGCACAAGAUCAGCACCCAGAUCGCCGAAGAGCUUGAGGGUGCCUCUGUGCUUCGUGACCAACUGCAAGCCAUCCAAGAAGGUAUAAGCAACCAACGCAAGCACCAGGCCAAGAUCUCGGUCAUUCUGGAUGAGUGUGAAGCCGCCGAACGCCAGGGAGCCGAUGUACUCGAAAAGGCCGUCGCCGAUUGCCAGGGUGCCGGUGAGGAGUUGGUAACCAGCUGGCAGGAGAUUAUGCGCAUCCGCCAGAUGCUCCACACUCUACCCAUGCGUUUGAAGAUGUCCGUUUCGCCGGUUAAAUUGGAAAGGGAUAUCUCACAGCUUCAGGACGACCAUGCCUUCCUCGAGAGCAAAUGCACAAAUAUUAUGUCCAUUCUGAGAAAUCGUCUGGCUGUUUGGCUGCGUUAUGAACGCCAACUGGAGCUGGUUCAUGGAUCCGUCCAGGAAACCGAUUUCAUGAUGGAACUUAUCCGGGUGCACGGUCAGGUGGACUACGAGCGCCUGCGUAAGGCCACAGAGCGUUUGGAGGGACUUGCUGGCGAUCUACAUAACCGCGAACAAUUGAUCGAUGAGCUAAAGGGUGCCGCCAAACCUCUGAUCGAGAGCUGUGAUGUCCAGAUUGUCGAGCAGAUCGAGUCCGCGGUCCAGGAGGCGGUAGUCGCCUGGAAUGAUACCAGCGAGAAUCUUCAGCAACUGCGAACACGCUACCAAAGAGCCGUCGAACUGUGGGAUAAGUACCGCAAAGCUUCAGCGGCCGUUAAGAACUCCAUUGACCAGCAAAUGGAUACGGUCAAGUCCCUGGAGCAACCCCUGGAUGCCCUGCAACAUGCCAAGGUAUGCCAAGACAACCUGACGACCCAGAAUGAUAGAAUCUUGGAACUGCGUGACAUUGUGGCCAAGAUCGCUGCCGAUGUCGGCCUGGAUGCUUCGGCCCUGAUGCAAGGUGAACUAGAUGCACUGGGUCAGCGGUUGGCUGAAUGCAAGGAUGCCAUUACCACGUUGGCCAACGUGGCAGAAACCCAGGACAAGGAGCGUAAGGAAGUGGACAAGGAGGUGAUCCUGACUAAGGCAUACUUCAACAAUGUGCAGCAGGACAUUUCCCGAGAGGCACCUCAGAAUCCCAAAGAAAGCGAGGAGCAGCUGGCUGCUUUGCGAGCCCAUCUCCAGACUUUGGCCAGAACAGAAGAGCAGCUACGUCAGCUCAAGGAGCGCCAUCAGAACAAUGAAGUGGCAACUUCGAUUGCUGGGGCCGAUGACGAUGGCGUCCUGGAGGUUCUUGCCCUGUGGCAGAAGAUAUUCCAGGACACCUUCCAGGAAUACCAUCGCCUAUCCACGCGACUUGCCCGCAGCCAAAACAGUUCCGAGGCUUUGCGAUUGUGGAGGCAGUACCUCCAGCAUGUCCAGUCCUUCCUAUCCUGUGCCAUUCCCGAGGACUACAGCAGCCUGAGGGAGCAACAGCAGUUGUGUGCCAUCCAUCAGAAUCUGCUCAUCUCCCAGCAAAGUGUGCUGUCUGAAACACCACUGGAACUGGAGCUAUCGGAGCAGUACAAGGCUCUGACCAAUCUGCACAAUGAAACCCUGUCUAGGAUCAUGCAGCGAAAUGGUGAGCUUGAGCGCCGAGUGAGUGGAUGGAAUGCCUAUCGCCAGCAGCUGGCUGCCCUUUUGGAUUGGCUGCGUCAACGGGAGGCAGAGCGUAAUGCCCUCCAACUGCGAUACAUUCAUCUGAAGCGAGUGCCCCACCUGAAGAACCGCCUGGAUACGAUGAUUCAGCAACUGGAUCAAGGGGAACAGCAGAGCAAGGCCUUGCAGGAGCAACAGCAGGAGUUGGCCCGGCAUUGUGACGAUGCUUUGGCCACCGCCAUGCGCAUGGAGCAGGCCAGCAUUGGCCAGCGAAUCAGUAAUCUUCGCGCAGCUCUCAAGACCUGGCAAGGUUUCCUGCAGCGCGUUACCCAAUUGUCGGAGACCUACGAGCAGCGAGUGAACCAAUUGCAACAGGAAUUCGGAGCAGCUCAAAAGCUUCUGGAUGCCAACAGUGAAUCCCUGCCCACUCAGCCAGCUGCCAUUGAACAACUUCUGGGGGCAUUGCGUUCCCAGAGGAUCCAACUGGGUGCUCAAGUUCCCGCUCUGGAGAGUCUCACUGUGACCCAAGAGGAACUUAAGGAGUGCAUCAGUCCGCAUGACAUGAAGACCAUCCGGCAAAGAAACUGGUUGCUCUGGCAACAGCAUGCUGAUCUGGACUACCAGCUAGCCAACCUGAUCAACUCGAUCGAAGAGCGUCUUUCCCUGCUGUCCAACUACCAGAUCAGAUACGAUCGCAUCUCCCAAUGGCUGCAACGUUUGGAGCAGCGUGUGGAAAAGGAUGCGGAUGUCACUGCCAUGACCAAUCCCGAACAGGCAGCCAAGCAACUGGAGCAGCAAAUUAACUCCGAGCUGCAGCUGCGGGACAAGGAAAGGGAGUGGCUACUGUCCACCAGCAGGGAACUGCUCAGCCUCUAUUCCGAGCCAGAAGUUCGAUCUCAGGUCCAACAGCAGAGCGAUGCCCUCAUCGAUCGCUGGCAGCGCCUCAAGUAUUUGGCCAAGCAAAAGGCCACCAAGAUUGGAGAACUGAAGAUGACACUUCUCCGAUUGGAGGAGCGCAUCGCCCUGAUUCGCGCCUGGCUUUUCGAAGUGGAGUCCCAACUGGAUAAGCCCCUCAGCUUUGAGAGCUACACACCGAAUGUGAUCGAGGCCAAGCUAAAGGAGCAUGAACAGAUUCAGCGAUCCAUUGAGCACCACAGCAGCAAUGUCGGUGAGGUUCUGAAUCUCGUAGAGAUGCUUCUCAACGACGCAGACAGCUGGCGAACGCAGGUGAACACUUCGGGACUUGCUGCCUCGGCCCAAAAUCUGGAGCAGCGCUGGAAGAAUGUGUGCAGUCAGUCGGCGGAACGUAAGUCCCGCAUCCUGACCAUUUGGAAUCUUCUCCAGCAGCUCAUCAAACUUACGGCCGAGCAUAAGAACUGGCUGGGCAAGCAGGAAAGCCAAAUUGCGGGCUAUGAAAGAGAUCAGAAGUCCAACGGCAAGCAUAAGCUAGAGGAACGCCAAAAGGAGCUUAGAGCCAAGCUGGAGGAACUGGAAAGUCAGUCGGUUAAUCUUCGCCAGCUGGAGCAGAUCUAUGCCAAGCUGACCAUGAGUGCUGGCGUCGAGCCGGAGAACAUCCAAAAGCUAACACUUCCCACCAAGGUAAUGGUGAGCAUGUGGCGCCAGUUGACGCCACGUUGUCAUGCACUCUUGGAUGCCAUCGACAAGGAUGCCAAACUCAUGCGGGAGUUCAACAAUGCCCAAUUGGAGGCCACCAACUCCUUGAAUGCCAUACAAAAAGCUUUGGAACAAUUGCCAAGCGUGGAGGAUCAACAGAGUUCAAAGGCCGAGCCAAAGGCGGUGCUCCAACGAUUGGAGAGUCUGGAGAAGAAGCUUCAGGAUGCCCAACAGCAUGUCCAGCAGGCGGAUAACCUGGCCCAGGAGGCCAAAUCCAGGACCAAGCAGCAACCACAAAUGAAACAGCUGCUGGAACUGGUGUCCGCCUAUACUACCCUUUGGCAAACGGUUCAGACCCGCGUUGUGACUAUCAAGACCAGUUGGUUGACCAGAGCAGCUCAGGUAGCUGCCGCUGGGCCGGUUAACGAAGUAGCUAACGCCGCCGUUCAGGUUAACACUCUGUCCCAAAGGAAACUUCGCCAGGCUCAGCAAAUGCAAAGGGAAACCUCCAUCACCGCCAAGGAUGCCUAUAUCAUGGAACUUCAAACGGCCAUCACGGAAUGCCAGAACAAUCUGGAUGAACUUCAGCGCACUGUGGUGGACAAGACCCGUAAGCCAGGACCCCAGAAGAUUGCCAAGCUGCUGGGCAGCGCCCAAUCCUCCACCGAGCUGGUCAAGCAUCUUAGCCAGCUGCUGCUAACCGAGUGCCAUGCGGACAAUCAGGCUGCCCAAGUGGAAACCGUGGCAGAGCUCACGUUGCGCUUCGAUACACUGCAAUCCCAGUGGAAGGCGCGACAGCAGCACGAUCAAAAUUCAAGCAGGUGCCACCUACCUGCAUCCUACAAGUACAACUGCAUUCACGAGGUCGGCCGGCUAACGUGUCCGCUCUGCACACAGCGAAACUGGCAGCAGAUCGACAACGAUCUGUGGCGCCUGGAGCAGUGGCUGCAGUUCGCCGAGAGCACCCAGAAGGCCCAGUCAGCACCGCCCUCGAACAUCGAACUCCUUGAGGAUGUCACACAGGAUCAUCGCGAGUUCCUUUUGGAUCUGGAGAGUCACAAAUCAAUCAUCUCCUCCCUGAAUGUUGUCGGUGAUCAUUUGGCUACGCACACUUUGGAUACCGAAAAGGCAAGGCAAUUGCGAUCUCGUCUAGAAGCGGAUAAUGAACGCUGGAACAAUGUGUGCAUCAAUGCCACAAAAUGGCAAGGUCUACUCCAGACUGCUUUGAUGGGCAAUAGUGAGUUCCAUCAGACCAUCGAUGAGCUGGUGAAUUGGUUGCAGAGCACAGAGCAAAACAUUAAGGCUUCCGAGCCCGUGGAUCUCACUGAAGAGCGCUCCGUGCUGGAGGCCAAGUUCAAGAAGUUCAAGGACUUGAGAGCAGAAUUGGAAAGAUGUGAACCUCGUGUGGUGAGCCUACAGGAUGCCGCUGAUCAGCUGCUUCGCUCAGUUGAGGGCUCCGAAGAGCAAUCCCAACACACCUACGAAAGAACCCUUUCCAGAUUGACCGAUCUCCGACUGCGUCUCCAAUCCCUGCGUCGUCUAUCCGGAAUCUAUAUCGUCAAACUGGGCGCCGUCCUCGGCUACGAGGGCGACAAUCUUGGCGUGCCACUGCACAUGUUGUCGAGUGAGCUUUUGGAUAAUACUACAUUAUCAACCUCUUCUAUGCAGGCCGCCGCACCAAACACAGAAAAUGCAAACAACAUCGAUGGCGAUGCUGUCGAUGGCGAUGUCAUCAAUACCACGGUUCUGGCACGCGGUGCUCGAUUCCUAGGCCGCGUUGCACGUGCCUCCCUGCCCAUACAGGCGCUCAUGCUGCUGCUUUUAGGUGUGGCCACUCUGGUGCCCCACGGUGAGGAUUACACCUGUAUGUUCUCGAACACCUUUGCCCGCAGCCUGGAGCCCAUGUUGUCGUAUCCCCACGGACCGCCGCCAACAUAAAAAACUGUAAAGUCAAAAAUUGGAUUAGUGCAAUGAACAGCGAACAAGAACAAAAACAAAAAUAAGACCCCCUAAAUCUAAUCAUAAAAAUUCAAAAAUCAUAAAAAAAAAAAAUGAAAAAAACACUG